CAGAGACGAUCUUUGGUGGUACUCUUUGCUCUGACGCGGCUUUCUGGCUGCUGGACUGUCAAGGAAGGAGACUCGCAUCUCUUCUUCUGGAUGAAAAGUCUCCACAGCGGAAAGACUGAAUGAUAGGAGAUGAGACUCUGCGGCCGUAGACCACAUCAUGAGUAUCCAGAGUCUGGGUGGAGCUAUAGGGGAGUCCCUGGGCUCUAGCCUGACAGUGCGUAUGAGCGGAGCAAGUGGCGGGUGGAGUGCUGUCUCCCUGAAGCCUGUUUCCUCCGGCCGCUUUGCCUCGCUCUUCCAGACUAUGGUUCCCACUGGUUAUACUAAGCUACAGGAGGAGCGGCUGGCCAUGGUGGAUCUUGGAGCGAAACCAGAGGUCGGCCCACUCCAGAACGGCUACAGACAAGAGACAUCACACAUAGAAGGCCGACGGCUCCUGGACCGGGCCUCUCGGUCCUCUGUGACUUUAUCUGAUUGUGGAGAUGGGGGUUACUCUGAAACAGAGCCCAUGCUGGCCGAGAGGAGGCUCUCUGGGGAGGAGGCAGACGCAGAGGAGGAAGAGGAUGAGGAGGAAGAGCUGGGAUCCAACGUGCAGAACAUGCCCAAGGAGUCGCCUCUGGCCAUGGCGCUGCAGAUAUUAUUGCCUUUCCUGCUCGCCGGAUUUGGAACUGUAUCAGCUGGAAUGGUGCUGGAUAUUGUGCAGCACUGGGAGGCAUUUCAGUACAUCACCGAGAUCUUCAUCCUGGUUCCUGCUCUGCUCGGCCUCAAGGGAAACCUGGAGAUGACUCUGGCCUCAAGGCUGUCCACAGCGGUGAACGUGGGCAAGAUGGAUUCUCCCAUAGAGAAGUGGAAUCUAAUCAUAGGUAACCUGGCACUAAAGCAGGUUCAGGCCACUGUGGUGGGUUUCCUGGCUGCCGUAGCAGCCGUGGUUCUCGGUUGGAUCCCGGAGGGGAAGUUCCAAAUGAGCCAUGCUGUGCUGCUGUGCUCCAGCAGCGUGGCCACGGCCUUCAUAGCCUCCCUGCUACAGGGUAUCAUCAUGGUCGGUGUAAUUGUGGGUUCAAAGAAGACGGGCAUCAACCCAGACAACGUAGCUACACCUAUUGCCGCCAGCUUUGGUGACCUCAUUACCUUGGCGAUCCUGGCCUGGAUAAGCCAGGGCCUCUACAAGUGCCUGGAUUCCUACCCAUAUGUGUCGUCACUGGUUUGCGCCUUCUUCAUGUGUCUGACUCCCCUGUGGAUCGUCAUCUCCUCCAAGCACCCAGCCAGCCGCACCCUGCUUUACUCCGGAUGGGAGCCAGUCAUCACUGCCAUGGUCAUCAGCAGCAUCGGGGGGCUCAUCCUGGACAAAACAGUGUCUGACCCAAAUCUGGCUGGCAUCGUAGUGUACACCCCAGUUAUCAAUGGAAUCGGGGGUAACCUGGUGGCUAUUCAGUCCAGCAGGAUCUCCACUCACCUGCAUUUCCACUGCGCUCCUGGGGAGGUUCCUGACGAGGCCAAAGGCUGCUACUACCCCUGCCGCACAUUCUGCGGUACAGGAGCCAAUCAUCGCUCCGCUCAGGUGCUUGUCCUUUUGGUGAUUCCUGGUCACCUGAUCUUCCUCUAUACCAUCCACCUGAUGAAGAGCGGACACACCACCCUGACACCCAUCUUUAUGUCCGUCUACCUGGCUGCUGCUUUGCUCCAGGUGUUGCUGCUGUUGUCCAUAGCAGACUGGAUGGUACACUCCAUGUGGCGGAGUGGCAAAGAUCCGGACAGUUUUUCCAUCCCUUACCUGACAGCUCUGGGUGACCUGUUGGGCACCGCCCUGCUGGCACUCAGCUUCCACUUCCUGUGGGUCAUAGGAGACCAGGACAGCGACGUGGGCGACUGAGGAGGCCUUUAAAAGUAAGGCAUCGGCAGGAACCGGGAAACCUGCUGUUUGCCAUCCGACUUCUCACGCCCCUAAGCCUUGUGGGAAUGCGGUUGUUCUCUUUGGCCGACCAGCACAUUCCUCUGCUUCACUUCACUUAAACCACACGAUGGCUUGAAAACUAUUUUCUGCUCCUGGCUUUAUUUUCUACACCCAAAAGACAUUAUAUUCCAUAAAUUUAGACUGUUCUCAGUACAGAUUGUGAUCUGCAUAGUUUGCACCAAAGCACUUGCAUAUCAGAUUGCUGGUCUUGUUCAAAGAAGCAGGAAAACACUAGCCACCAACCACAUUGCUGAGGAAACCUUGCUGCUGUUGGCAAGGUGAUCUGCUCUAAUGUCAGAGGACUAAAAGACAAAAGAGUCUCUUGGGCAGGUAGAUAUUUUGCCGAUUUACAACCCACAAAGAUUUGUUACCCGCCUUUUGUAUAACUGCUUUGCUCCAUCAAGUCGGAGGAUGGACACAGAGACUGCUGGGGUGGAGACAGGACAGUUUGUCCAUGGUCAGCUUGUGAACACACACUUUGAACUGCCAUGUUAGCAGGUCUACCCGCACCAGACCAACAGUUAAAAGGGAGAAUUUGUGUCGAUGGUACGAAGUCCAAAUUUUUUUCUGUCUACCUUUUUUUUGUUUUUUGUCGUUUUUGGUGUCCAGGCUUAGUACAGUAUGUGCUCUAUCCAUACAGUACAGUUAUAAUUUUCCUAUUUCAGUAUUUUCCCACAAUGUUCUCCACAACAAUAAGGCUGAAAUCUUUUCAACUUUUUUCCCAUUUUAAUAACAGGAUCUUGAAACAGGCAUUCCCAGCCUUUGUCCACAAGUAAAACAGUCUUUAUAAGCUCCUCUAAAGAGACUGGCCUGAUAUUUAUGAAACUUGGUGGUAGGGUGUAGCAUGGGACAAGGAACAACCCAUUCAAAUCUGUUGAUAUGAAUCACAGGGUGGAUACAUACAUUUCAUUUCAUUUCAUUCACACUGAGAGAUAGGUCAGUUGUCUAAGGCAGAAUGAACUGCUUUGUCGCAUGCAUUAACCCGGCAUUUUUAAAGUGAAUAACGUGCACAGGAGCAUAGACAAAAUAAUCAAACCAAGUACCAUGGUACCAGUUUGUGGCCUUAACUGACCUCUUGCUAAACCCUUCCAUUGAAGAGCAACUGUCCAAUCAUAACGUAGCAACUGUAACAAAGUAUGUUAGGUCUGUGCAACAAGCCACGUGUUGAAGGGGGGCAUGCAUGGAGCUGUAGUUUGCAGUGGUACUCGGAGUGAGGGUCAGUAAUGGAAUAAGUGUGUUUAUCUGAUCUACUAUAAGCUGCAAUCGUUAGCAUGACUGACUAACUAGCUACCUACAGUAAUAACUGAGCAUUCAUUUCAUUAACUUGCAUUACUUAAUAAGUUCACAGAUAACAUUAAAGUUCCCCACCGGGUGGAAAGCUGUCCCCGGUUGCUAUCAGCGUUUACUUUAUACUGAGAUGCAUCACAUUGCACGACAACAUCACACUUGACCCAGAGGCAGCUAAUCAAACAGAUCAAAAGGUUAGCAGUUCUGUCGUGCUCUACAGUCCACAAACCUGAGCAGCAUUACCCAAGGUACCAUUACUUCACACACUGGUUAGGCCUCAUCCCAAAAUGAUGGUUAUGUUGGAAAGAAAUAACUGAACUUCCAUUUUUUGCUUCACUCAAAUAACAAUAUGACCAGCUCCACACUGCAAUACAAGAACAAUGAUGUUUCUUUAUUUAGUGUUACAUGUCUUUUACAUGGAUUAUUAACUGGUAAGGUUGACAGCUUACUGACAAAGACUGGCAGCUUUAACAUCAGUUUUUUUGGCCAUCAGUAAGUAAAUUUGCCAUCAUUCUCCUCAAACUACAUGUGGCUGUGAGAACAGAAAGCUCGGCAGGCGUCGUAGCUAGGAGCCUUUUUGUGUUCCUUCUUUCUUUGCAGUCAUUCACAUUUUCUGCCUCCUGUUACAUUCUGUAAAUGUUAACAGCACUUCUCUGUAAAACAAACCACGAAGGCCUUCACUCUCAUUUCCUCUGUUUGUUUGUCCACUGUGUUAUCCUCGGUGAGGGGGUCUGGUUGUGGAGGGGUUCCGGUGGAUGUUUGCUAAUUAUGUGCUGUUCACGGAUGCAUGUAUGCAUGGACACAAUGAAUCGGUUUUCCUUUCAGAUUAGUCAGAUUUUCUGCUCACGUUUGACUAAUCAGUUUAAACCCAACCUGAUCAAAUGUCAGAUUUCUGCUCGAUUUUGUUCCCUUUUUCAGAGGAUGUCAUGUUUAGAUACGAUCAGAGGACAUUGAUCCAGAUGAAGCACCCUGAUUAUUAAAUGAUUCCCUCUGACCGCAGGAGAAAUAACAUCUCACUUCAAAAUCAAACCUUUGAUCACGUUUUUAAUCUGAUCAUUCAGCUGCAUACUGUGUGCAUGUGAACGUAGCCAGCGGCUCUCUUCAACUCCCAUAUGUGCCUCUUGAGACUCACUGGUUACCAAGGUAUUUUUCUGUCAUGCCAUGAAUGCAAUUAAGUUUCUACAGCGUUUUAAAACUGUGCAAUGAUUUUCCUUUUGUACUCUCAACUACUACUACUACUACUCAACGACGACUAUUGUAUUUUUGAGAGAGAGUUUUAUUCCAAAAUGAGAUAUCCGACUUUUUAAUCACAGACAUGAAAUUAUUUACAGUUGUCAGCAUCUACAGGAUGCCAUCAAUUUGGUACAAAGUGGGAUCAUUUCCUUUUGGUAUGAAACAUUUGCGUUUGCUUUUGUGGCUCACAUGGGCCGAAAAUGUCUAAAUAAAUGUCUUUUGAAUUGA